CUCUGACCAUGCUGGGCAUAAAGGAUUUUAACGAAUGUCCAGAAGGAGUCAAUGAAGACAGAAUAUCUCACGAGACAUUCAGAAGAGAGGCGAAGGAUGGUCUGCAGAGAAGCUCAGCAACAUUCGCUCAACUGUGACCAUUUUCUUUGAACCUGAAAUUGCUAGAACAUGUUUUGGUGUUUUGUAAGCCUUUCUUUCUCAUACUAUGUAUUUUCUCUCUCUCUGCUGUAAAUAAUUCAUUCUCCAUACACUGAAAAAUUUUCUCAUUAUUAAACUUGUCUUGUUAUUAAA